ACACACCCUAUGAGGUGCACAGUGCAACAAUGCACAUUCCAUCGUCAAAUAUCUGGGAAAGUUAUCACAGUGAUUACAACAAUGCAACAGAUCCGCUGAAGAAAUUCACUCAUGAGAAAAUAUUCACCUAUCCAAAUCAAACAAUCCAGCCUAAGGGGAGUAUUUAUUAUACGCAGUUGAAUAAAUUCUCCCCUGUCAUCAACUCUGUUGAAAUGGGAUCAUUAUCUGGGCAGAGCGGUAGCAACGCUUCAAGCGAUCCUGUUAAUAACGGCGACCAUACGCAUAAUACUCUGAUGCGAACUGCUGCUAUCGUUGAUGGUAGUAAUGAUCAUAAUAAUAACAAUAGCAAACUCCUACUGACGAAUAUACCAGAUCAUGAGACAGCAGCCAGUCAGACUGCUGAUUCGAAGUCCAGUCGUCCAGCGUGUAAUUAUGCUGUCUGUGCCAAUGGUAUUAUCUCGGUAUCCGAUUACAUGACGCUCAGUCUACACGAUACACAUAAUCAACGCACUACUAAGAAUAUGUCACCGACUAAUUGUCAUUUUCUAAUGAACGCCAUAAAUUUCGAUCAGUACAAUAACAGUAAUAAUAGUAAUAAUAAUCAAUUGACACGAAAUUCCUCACCUUACAUUGAUCAUAAACACCAACAUUCUCAUGUACCGUUAAUCAAUACCGUUUGUCAACAGAAUCAUCACCAACAACAACAACACUAUCCUCACACUAGUUGUACACCGCCUGGUCAGCGGUGUCAGCCAGUGUCGACAAUGAGUAGAAAGUCACCAAAUUUAUUGAAACAUUGUACAAUACUUACACCAGUAGUUGAUUAUACUACUGAUAGCAAAACUGAAAUAAUAAGUAGUAUAAAGGGUAGAACACAAAUAAAAACAUCAAUGGAGGAAUCUAGUAAUAAUCGUAAUAAUAAGGAAGGAGAGGAGAAUGAAAAUGACGUCGGAUGUAUUCCUCAUGGGGAGGAGGAGGAGGAGGAUGAGGAACACAACGAGGAGUGUUUCAAAACUUCUGCUCUAAAAUCUAGCAGUUUUGUAUAGCUGUUUAAUUACCUCAGUAUUAUAAUUAUAAUUAACACUAUUAUUGCUACUAUUUUAUUCUCUAUGUAAACAUUUCAAAUGUAUUUCUUUUAUUUCCCGAGUAGUAUUUAUUCACUAGCAUUUAGCCUACAUGGUAAUUGGGGAGAGAAGGUGUGGAUUUGAGCGGGUUUUUUUUCAAAAUGACAAAUGAUAACAAUAAUUCGCUUUAUGUAGACUGAUUGACGCCAUGUCUUAUUUAUGGAUUUGUGUG